GGCCUCUGAAAAAGUUCUGGCAUCUCCUGUCGCUGGCUCUUUCGGUUUCCUGCCUUACCACCAUGAGAGCUUCAUAGGCUCAGGGGAUUUCCUGCACUCUGCGCCUUCUGUUCUUGCUUUCCAUCACAUUUCACCGAUUCGCCAAACCAGCUUUUCUCCAUCCUCACGGAGUUAAAAUGGCUGCCGGCAAUUUAGUAGUAUUAAGGCAAAGACCACAGUGCCCUUUCAGGUUCCUGUUUCUACGAGCUUGCAUGGCCGUCUUAUCCUUACUUGGCUCUCCAGCUUUGGGGCAGCUGGAUCUCAACAGACUGGAUGGGGACACAGUAUGCCCCAUCAUGAGAAAUGGACAAGAUGACCUUCCAGGGUUCGAUCUGAUCACGCAGUUCCAGCUGGACGUAAUUCCUCUGAAGGGGGUGCGGAAGGUGGACGGCUCGACGCCUCUUCAGGUGGCGUACCGGCUCGAUAGGGAGGCUAAUUUUCAAAUUCCAACCAGGCUGAACUUCCCCAGGGGGUUUCCGGAGGAGUACUCCUUCAUGGCCACGUUCCGCAUGAUCAAGAACACGGUCAACAAGGUGUGGAACGUCUGGCAGGUGGUGGACGAGGACGGGAGCAAGCAGGCGGGGCUGAGGCUGAACGGCGACCAGCAGGCCCUGGAGUUCUUCCUCAUCGGGAUGGACGGCGACCUCCAGACGGUCACCUUCCCCGGCCUGUCCGUCCUCUUCAACACCAAGUGGCACAAGGUGAUGGUGGGCGUGGAGAGGGACCAGGUCACCCUGUACGUGGACUGCCAGCCCGUCGACAGCAAGCCCAUCAAGGGCAAGGGCUCGAUCAACACCGAGGGGGACACCCUCAUCGGGAGGCUGGAUGCCGACCCCAACUCUUCUGUUGUGUUUGAACUCCAGUGGAUGUUGAUUCACUGUGACCAUAAAAGGGCCCAGAGAGAGAGCUGUUCUGAACUGCCCCAGACUGAGAUGUUUCCCAAUGCCGAGCCUGACCCUAAACCGGUCCCAGGCCCUGCUGGUCCCAUGGGCCCCGAGGGGCCACGCGGGCCCCAGGGAGAGAGUGGCAGAGAUGGGCGAGACGGACUCCCAGGCCAGCCUGGUGCUCCUGGUUCUCCUGGCAGCAAAGGGGAACAGGGCGAGAUUGGACUGCCUGGACAGAGGGGGCUUCCAGGGCUCCCAGGACCAGCAGGAGGGAGUGGGCCAAUGGGACCAAGAGGACCUGUUGGUGAAAGAGGAGUGCCUGGCUUUCCUGGUCCACCAGGUCCUCCAGGACCCGAGGCAAUUGGACAACCUGGACCUCCAGGAAAACCAGGUGAACCUGGAGACUCUGGGAACAUAGGACCUGAGGGUCCCCCAGGACCAAGUGGUGACAUAGGAGCACCGGGUUUACCUGGAAAAGCAGGACCCCCAGGACCUGUGGGCCCUCCUGGACCCCCCAGCCCAGAGGGAAGUGGUGAACCGUGCCAAGCUGCAUGUCCCGCAGGACCUCAAGGAAACCCAGGGAUGCCGGGAAUCAAGGGUCACAAAGGGAUCCAAGGAGAGCCAGGGGAACCAGGAAAAUCUGGACAAAAGGGAGAACCAGGACCCUCUGGUGUGCAGGGCCUGCCAGGACGGACAGGAAGUGAGGGGCCAAGGGGGCCAAUAGGACUUGCAGGUUCCUCUGGAGACAAAGGAGAUAGGGGCCCCCCUGGGUUCAAUGGGAUUCCUGGACCUACAGGCCCACCGGGCUCUCCUGGUGUAGAAGGCAUUCGAGGACGUCAGGGUUUGGAAGGCCCCAAAGGUGAUGAGGGUGCAGCUGGCCCUCAAGGAGAACAGGGGCCUCCUGGCCAGAAAGGUGACACCGGAGAACCGGGGAAAGAUGGUGUGGAUGGAAGUGCUGGAGUAAAUGGUGCCAAGGGAGAGCCUGGUUUGUCUGGGGCAGUAGGUAUCAGGGGCAUUGUUGGAAUUCCGGGAUUGCCAGGGAAACAAGGACCAACAGGCCCGUUGGGUGAAAAGGGGGAGAUAGGACCUGAGGGAUUGCCAGGCCCAAUCGGCCCACCUGGCAAAUCCGGGGCGGACGGCGCGGUGGGAGAAGACGGAUUACCUGGCGCAAAGGGAUCCACUGGGGAGCCUGGAAAACAAGGACCGGUGGGAGCCACGGGGCUUCCUGGAAUCAAGGGCGACACUGGGGACAAAGGGGAAACUGGUCCCCGUGGCAUUAAGGGUCACACAGGACCCAAGGGGGAACAGGGUCCAAUCGGUCCUGUUGGUCCAAAAGGAAGUGAGGGUGCUCCGGGAGCUGUUGGAGAUAUUGGAGUUAAAGGUGAUAUGGGUCCCCCUGGUAUCCCUGGAAUUAAAGGAGAGGCUGGAGGUAAGGGAGCGGGGGGCAACAAGGGACCAGCCGGGAUGCCAGGUCAGCCAGGCCACGAGGGGCUGACGGGACCGAUCGGACCCCGGGGGCUGGAGGGAGAGAGGGGCAUGCCUGGGUCUCCUGGACCCCGUGGCCUACCUGGUGCCAAAGCGAACGAAAAUAAAAUCCGCGAGAUCUGCGGCAGCCUCAUUGAAGAGCAAUUAGCUGAGUUUAAAAAGGAAGUCCUGAAAAUCCCAGCAGCUAUCGGAGCCCCUGGAACUCCGGGGCCAGUAGGCCUCCCUGGUCCUCCGGGGCCCGCCGGCGCAGCAGGGACCCCCGGACUUCGGGGUUUGAUGGGUGCCAUGGGGCCACCAGGAUUCCAUGGAAUUCCAGGACAGAAAGGUGAGGAGGGAGCUAAGGGAGAUAAAGGAGACAAUGGCGAGAAUGGAGUGGGAGUUCGAGGAAGUCCUGGAGAGCCCGGUCCACCAGGCGCGCCCGGGGCCCCAGGAUUUGGGAAGGAUGGCAGGGACGGGGCCCGUGGACAUAGCGGAGCACCAGGGCACCCGGGCACUCCUGGCACCAGGGGGCCCACGGGUCCGCCUGGGCUGUGUGACCCAUCGGACUGUUACGGGAGACCCCCGUCCAUGUUCAUGCCCAUGAGCGGGAAGAAAUCCUCCAGCAUGAAGGGCCCAUGAGGACAUGGCAUCAUCUAAUAAAGGGGAAAUGAACCGUUUUUGCUCAGGCAGAAUCUACAACAAACUUGAAGAGACUUCAAAUGUCUCCCUUUUCCAUGAAACCAAGGGACACGUCAGCUGUAACAUUUAGAUCUCUGAGCUUCCACCUUUUUAACUGACGAGUGAGGAUUUGACAGAGCUUGCUGCUAGAGUAUUCUUAAGACACUCGUAAUCCAAAAGUAGUAAAAUCACGGAAUAGUGUUAUUAAUUUAGCCUUAUGAUGACAAAGUGUUGGAUGCACCACUGCUGAAUGUGUCAAAGCAGACAAAAAUCACUUCGAUCAACCCUAUGGCAUGACAUUGAAAUGAGUUUAUUUUGUUUUUAUGACACAGAGACAGUAGUUGUCCUAAUGGAUUUUAAAUGAACACCCAUAUGGUUUGUGAAACAGGAAUGUGUCAGUCAUAGAAUAUUACAAGUAAACAUCUCAACCUUG